GGAGAUAUGAGUGGUAUAAAGGCACAGACAGUGUAAUGUUACAGACGUCUGAGCGUUACACUGUAAACAGAGACACUCUCACUAUCAGAGGACUGAAUGAGUCUGAUCAGGAUCAGUACUGGUGUAGAGGACAGAGAGAUGAAAGACCAAAAUCAUCACAGGAGAGUGAACGAAUAAAUCUGUCUGUUAAUGAUUCACCCAGAUCUACACUGACUGUGACACCAGACAGUCCUGUAUUCACUGGAGAGACAGUCAAUCUGACGUGUGUGAUUGAGUCUUACAGUAACUGGAGAUAUGAGUGGUAUAAAGGCACAGACAGUGUAAUGUUACAGAUGUCUGAGCGUUACACUGUAAACAGAGACACUCUCACUAUCAGAGGAGCUACUGAGUCUGAUCAGGGUCAGUACUGGUGUAGAGGACAGAGAGAUGAAAGACCAAAAUCAUCACAAUCAAGCUCUGUUUAUCUCAAUGUGACGGAUUUACCCACAUCUACUCUGAUUGUGACACCAGACAGUCCUGUAUUCACUGGAGAGACAGUCAAUCUGACGUGUGUGAUUGAGUCUUACAGUAACUGGAGAUAUGAGUGGUAUAAAGGCGGAAACAACAGUGUAAUGUUACAGACGUCUGAGCGUUACACUGUAAACAGAGACACUCUCUCUAUCAGAGGAGCUACUGAGUCUGAUCAGGAUCAGUACUGGUGUAGAGGACAGAGAUAUGAAAGACCAAAAUCAUCACAGGAGAGUGAACGAAUAAAUCUGUCUGAUAAUGCGAGACCAAAAGCUGUAGUGAAGGUGACUCCAGAUCAGCGUGUGUUCAGAGGAGAGACAGUCACUCUCACAUGUGACAUACAGGGAGGAGGAAACAUUCAGUGGACAUACAGCUGGUUUAAAGAUGUAAACACUUUCUAUCCAUACAGAACAACAAGAACAGCAGAGUUCAGUUUCAGAGCUGAUUAUGUGUCUUACAGUGGUAAAUACAGCUGUAGAGGAGAGAGAUCAGCUUCACAGAGAUCAGACAUCAGUGCUGCUGUUACACUGACUGUAUCAGAUUUACCCAGAUCUACACUGACUGUGACACCAGACAGUCCUGUAUUCACUGGAGAGACAGUCAAUCUGAAGUGUGUGAUUGAGUCUCACAGUAACUGGAGAUAUGAGUGGUAUAAAGGCACAGACAGUGUAAUGUUACAUCCGUCUGAGCGUUACACUGUAAACAGAGACACUCUCACUAUCAGAGGAGCUACUGAGUCUGAUCAGGAUCAGUACACGUGUAGAGGACAGAGAGAUAAAAGACCAAAAUCAUCACAAUCAAGCUCUGUUUCUCUCUCUGUGAUGGAUUCACCCAGAUCUACACUGACUGUAACUCCAGACAGUCCUGUAUUCACUGGAGAGACAGUCAAUCUGACGUGUGUGAUUGAGUCUUACAGUAACUGGAGAUAUGAGUGGUAUAAAGGCGGAAACAACAGUGUAAUGUUACAGACGUCUGAGCGUUACACUGUAAACAGAGACACUCUCACUAUCAGAGGAGCUACUGAGUCUGAUCAGGAUCAGUACACGUGUAGAGGACAGAGAGAUGAAAGACCAAAAUCAUCAGAAUCAAGCUCUGUUUCUUUCUCUGUGACGGAUCGGAGUGUGAAUGCAGAUAUGGGGCAGCGAUCACCUGAUUGA